AUGUCAACGCCAGAAGCAACGUCAGAAGCAACAGAAGUAGGAGAAGUAGCGACACCAGUGGUAACGUCUGCAACAGCAGCAACACCACCAGUAUCAACAGCAAAACAAGUUAUCUAUUGUGGAGUAUGCACAUUGCCACCAGAGUACUGCGAAUUCGGACCAACGCUAGAUAAAUGUAAAAAAUGGUUGCAAGAAAAGCAUCCAGAAUUAUACGAGAGACUACAUCCUAUUUCGGCCGUUGAAGAACAACUAGCAGGAACAUCAUUAAGUGAGACAAAUAAGCAGAGUAAUGAUAGCGAAGAGAAGAAAAAGGCUAAAGAAGCCGCUAAAAUAGAGAGGGAAUUAAAGAAAAAAAGAGCUUCGAAAAUAAUAAUCACGCGAAUCGCCCGAAAUAAACGGAAAUGUGUGACAAGUGUAAAUGGAUUAGAAAAUUUUGACAUUGAUCUAAAAAAAGCCGCGAAAUCAUUCGCGUCAAAAUUCGCCUGCGGAUCAUCAGUAGUGAAAAAUAAUCUAGGGAAUGAUGAAAUUGUGGUGCAAGGCGACGUAUCAGAUGAGCUGGUAGAUUUUAUACUGGAGACGUGGCCAGUUGUCCCAGAAGGUAAUCUGGAACUGACAGAAGAAAAGAAAUCAAAAAAGUAG